GGAUAGAGCAGCAGGAAUGGGGGGUUAGCAGCGGCAACAGGAGGAGGAAACACACAACAUAAAAACUCAGGGAAAUCUGUCAGGCAGUUGCACAAUGAAGAAGCGACUCUGAAGUGUUUUCAGGACGCUGUGAUAAUGAUUCGGAUACUGAGCGGCGCGUCUUUUAAGGCUGUCGGGGCAGCGAAGCCGAAACUGCUAAAGGACAUUACAAGUAGACAGCUGCACAGCACAUAUGAUGUAGCCGUGGUAGGUGGUGGCAUCGUGGGCUUGGCCACAGCCAGAGAGCUCAUUCUGAGACACCCGUCUCUCAGCUUCAUCCUGCUGGAGAAAGAAAAGGAGCUCGCUGUGCACCAGAGUGGGCACAACAGUGGAGUCAUUCACAGCGGGAUCUACUACACGCCGGGGUCGCUGAAGGCCCGUCUGUGUGUGCGAGGAGCCACUUUAGCCUACGAGUACUGCGAGAAGAAAGGACUCCCUUACAAGAGAUGUGGAAAGCUUAUUGUUGCUGUGGAGCAGGAGGAGAUACCCAGACUGAAAGCUCUGUAUGAGCGCGGGCUGAAGAACAAUGUGCGUGAUCUCAGCAUCGUUGAUGCCAAAGGAAUCAGAGAGCGAGAGCCGUACUGCAGAGGUAUAAUGGCCUUGGAUUCACCCUACACCGGCAUCGUGGACUGGAGGAUGGUGGCUCUCCGGUAUGGCACAGACUUUGAGGAGGCAGGCGGCACAGUGGUAACCGAAUAUGAGGUCAAUGACAUUUCCAUGGUCAAGGAGAGCUCAGCUGGGAGCACUGAAGGGAUGAAAUAUCCGCUCGCAAUCCGGGACAAAAAGGGUAACGAGGUGCGGAGCCGUUAUGUCCUGACCUGCGGAGGCCUGUACUCAGACCGCCUGUCGCAGAUAUCCGGAUGCAGUCGGGAGCCGCGGAUCGUCCCCUUCAGAGGAGAUUAUUUGGUCCUGAAGCCAGAGAAACACUACCUGGUCAAAGGAAAUAUCUACCCUGUUCCUGACCCUCGUUUCCCCUUCCUCGGCGUUCACUUCACCCCACGGAUGGAUGGAAGCGUCUGGCUCGGUCCUAACGCGGUCCUCGCCUUCAAAAGGGAGGGUUACAAAGUGUAUGACUUCAAUGCCAGAGACUUUGUAGAUGCUCUCUCAUUCAGGGGCCUUCAGAAGCUGGUGUUGAGGAACAUAACGUAUGGGAUUGGAGAGAUGUACAGAGGGAUUAACAUUGGUGCACAGGUUAAAAUCCUGCAGAAGUACAUCCCUGAACUCUCACUGAAUGACGUGCUCAGGGGUCCUGCAGGAGUCCGAGCUCAAGCCCUCGACCAGGACGGGAACCUUGUGGAUGACUUUGUAUUCGACGGUGGGGUCGGGGACGUGGGCAGUCGGGUGCUUCACGUGCGUAAUGCUCCCUCGCCCGCGGCCACCUCCUCCCUCGCCAUCGCCGAGAUGAUCGCAGACGAGGUGGAGAGCCGCUUCUCGCUGUAGAGAAACGCUGCAGCCACAGAAGGAAAACAGGGAUAGCCAAAAACUUCAGCUUGAGGUCACCAAGAGAAACUGCAUUGUCGUACCAAGCUGUUACUACCUCAGCAUCAUCGAGACAUUUUUAUAUUACAGGUCAUGCCUUAAUUUAGGAAAGUGACAUAUCUUUGACUUAAUCACAUUUUAAGACUGUUUUUACUUAAGUAGUGCUCCAUCAGGCUGCAUAAUAUGUU